CUGAUAAAAUCAUCAAGCAAACCCACACUCAUUUCAGUUUCAUUGUGUCAUGAUGAUUAUUAGUAUCAUCACGAUCCUGCUACUCACAAGAGGAAUUUUCUCCUCUUUACCAGUCCAAGGAUCGAUAUCGAUGAUACAUGACAAUACAAUGUUGAUCGAUCUACGCGCGAACAAAUUGAGCGAUUUUGGUGAGUUGAUUGAAAUACUAGAAGGAAUGGAGGAACCGCAAGUCCGUAUCAUAAUUAAUUUGGAAAGGAAAAUUAUUGAGAUUAAUGGCAAAAUAGAUUUUGAACAGGAUUCUGUUAAGGUCAGAAAUGACGUUCGAAGUAUGUUAUGGCGCGUGCCAUUGCUGAUGCAAGAAUAUGGCAACAGCUAUAAAAGAUUGACUCAUCAGAAUUCAAAUGCCUAUGAAAUUUUGCGACAUGUUAUUAUACCCCAAGAUGAAGACUCUAUAAACCUUGAUGAAAAUGAUUUUGCAUUGUCUUGGAUGAUCUCUAAUCUCGAAUUUGCAAUGGAAAUGAAAAGAUUAAUUACAAACGAUGAGUUGUCUCUUGAAUAUACCAAAUCGAUUUUAUUGUGGUUGAACAAAUUGUUUGAUUUAAAAUGGCAGCAAUUUUACGACGAUCUCGAUUAUAUCUCAAAAUGGCAACUUUUGAAUUUAAAAAGACAAGCAGAAUUUUUUUUUAAAAAUUUAAGUACAGGUAAUCAACAACAUGAGAAAUCGAAGGAUGAUAAAUAUAUUUCAGAAGACGGAAAUAACAGUGAAAGCACUAAAAACGUUGACGAAAUAAUCUUAACUAAACAGAAUAAAGGCAAUCUUAUUGAAACUAAAAUUGAGACUAAAAUAAAUAUAAAUAAAUUUCCAAUGAAUACAUCAAAUAACACAUCUAAAAUAGAAGAACAAAUUAUGGAUCAGGAAUCAAUAAAACGUACCGAAGAUGAUACCAAGAAUUUCACUAUUAUACCAAUCAAUCAGGAAUUUACAUUAAACACCCCUACCGAUGUUAAGGACACUUCUAUCAUUAAUGAUACAUUUUUUUCUGAGAUCUUAAAAACAUUUCGAGAUGAUGAUCUCAUCAAAAGGAAAAUUGUCUCAAAAUUAAAAGAAUUCAUAGAUAUUCGUCACGAGCAUAUGAAACUUCGUAGAAAACAAUUUAAUCAACUAAAAAAUCUUUCUUUAAUUUUAUUAAACAAGAUCAUCACAAGCACUUCGCAAGAGAUUGAUCAACGAAAUGUUGGAACAGAUGUUACAUUGCAUGGAUCUUUGAAAAAUAUAAGAGACAUCCGAAAAAUUCCUUUUCGAAGAACACUUCAAGUUCUUACUCCUUCGAAUAAAAAUAAAAAACAGAAAAAUAGACACAUAUCAACAAAAAACAUCUUUGACAAGCAUCAUUAUUUUAAUAAGAGGAAGGAGAUAAAAUCAGAUAAUGGUUCGGCGAUGGACGAGAUUCUAGAGGCAGUGGAUGAAGUCUUGCCAACGGAUAAGUCUGUAGAAAUGCCGCCAAAAAGAUCAAACACAUUUUCUCGGAUAUUCUAAUUUCAUUCAUUAUAAUUGAAUGCAAAGAGAAUUUCACAUAUAUGUAUUUGUUAGGCAAUAUGUUAAUAACAUGUUCGACUAGAUCAUUA